AUGUUCGAUCUAUCCCAAACCUUCCGCACCCUCUCGGUCCGCGCCACGCUAUGGCAGGCCCUCAACUUCCUCACCGUCAUCUCGACGGCCCUCGCAAUGUGGAAGGGCCUCUCGGUCAUCACAAACACCGAGUCGCCCGUCGUCGUCGUCCUCUCGGGCUCCAUGGAACCGGCAUUCUACCGCGGCGACCUUCUCUUCCUGUCCAUGCCAGAUGGCAAACUCCAGGUCGGCGACAUCCCCGUCUUCAAGGUGCCUGGCGCCGACAUCCCCAUUGUCCACCGCGUCCUCGAGACCCAUGAUACCCCCGACGGCGACCAGCUCCUCCUCACAAAGGGCGACAACAACGACGCAGACGAUAUUGCCCUCUACAACGGCGCACGGUGGAUGAAGAGAAAAAACGUCGUCGGAAGGGUCAAGGGGUACAUGCCCUACGUCGGCUACGUCACCAUCGCCCUCAACGACUACCCCAAGCUCAAGUACCUCCUCCUCGGCGGCAUGGGCCUCUCGAUCCUCUUCCAGAAAGAAUAG